AUGCAAAAUCUCAAUAAAGAAUUAGAAAAAAUUUUAAAGGAAAGAAAUUCAGAAUCGACCAUUAUUGAACAACUUGAUGAUCUUAUCAAACGAUAUGGUGUUAUGGAGAUUGAAGCAUGGAGAAAUAUGUCCAAUGGUACUAACAAUACAUUAUUGCAUGAACUUGUUGAUAGACAUUAUUUAGAUGUGAUUCAAUAUAUUGUUUCAAAAUUUAAUUUAAAAGUAUUAAUUAAAAGAGAAACAGAUAAUAUUACUCCUUUUGAACUAGCUCAUUUACUACAAGAUUGGAGAAUGUGUAAUCUUUUAUUAGAACUUGGAGAUGAUAAAACAUCUACAAAUAUAUAUGAUCAAUAUGUUAUGAAAAAACAAAAAGAUAAAAUGAUGAAUAUUGUUUGGAUGGAUUUAGAAUUUACAUCAUUUGAUAAUCCAGAAAUUUUAGAAUGUGCUGUUAUUAUUACAGAUAAAGAUCUCAAUGAAUUAGAAAGAAAGGAAUGGAUUGUUCAUUUUGAAAAAGAAGUUCUCGAUGGACUCAGUGAAUGGCAUCAAAAUGCAUUUAAAGAUCGUAAUGAUGGUGGAAAUGGAUUAUUUAUUGAUGUUAUUGCUUCAAAUAUAACAAAAGAACAAAUGGAACAAGAAUUAUUAGAUGUACUUAAACGUCAUUGUCCAGAGAAAGCAUGUCCUUUAGCUGGUAGUUCAAUUCAUAUUGAUCGAGAAGUUAUGAAAACACAAAUGCCUACUGUUCAUAGUUAUUUACAUUAUCGUGUUAUUGAUGUUAGUUCAUUUCGUGAAAUGAUGAAAAGAUGGGCACCAUCGACAGCAUCGAAAUUUGUAAGAGAAAUAGCAGCUAAUGGAAAAGUAACAGUCAGUCAUAGAGCAAUGGAUGAUAUCGAAUGGUCUAUUGAACUUAUGAAAAUGUUUCGACCAUUAUUAACAGCACAAAAAAGUACAACAAAUGAAUCUAGUGUUGACAAUCGAAAUCGUGGUAAAUCUGAAAGAUCUAUUAUACAAAAAAAUAAAUUACCAAUAAUUGUAUCUAAUAUUGAUCAAUCAAAAUUAUAUGGCGAUGAGAAACAUCUAAGAAAACGUUUAAUACAUGAACAAGAAUUUAAUGUAUAUAGUUUAAAAUUAAAUAAUAAUGAUCAAUGUUUAUACGAUCAAAAUCCACAUUUAAGAGAAGUUUUUAUUAAUGGUAAAGAACUUUUGAUUUAUCAUGAAGAAUUUACCGAUAAAAAUCGUUUACUCAAUUUAUCUCCUAAUGGAUCUGCUAUUAAAAAAUCAAAUCCAAGAGAAUCAACUACAACCGAAUAUUGGGGACAACGAAAAUUACUCUUAUCAGAAAUAGAAUUUUUAACAAGUUAUGCUACAGAUGAUAACAGUUUGGUUGUCUAUGCUGGUGCUGCACCUGGAGCACAUUUAGAUUAUUUAAGUUCAUUAUUUCCUGAACUUGAAUUUGUUCUCAUUGAUAUAAAACCUUUUGUUGAAUUUAAAAGUGAUAAAAUUAAAAUUCAAUCAGAACGUUUUACAGAAGAUUUGGCAAAAACAUUUUCAGGAAAAAAUAAAAAUAUUCUAUUUAUUUGUGACAUUCGCACUUUCAGCGGCCAUAACAAUUUUGAAGAAGAUAUACAUGUAGAUAUUUCUAAUCAAAUGAUAUGGCAUUCAACAAUAGAUUCUCAUGCUUCUUUAUUAACAUUUCGUCUGCCAAAUGUACCAGGUACAGUUUUAUUUUUCGAAGGUCAUAUGUUACUAGACAUAUGGACAUCGAGAAAAAGUAUGGAGUGUCGUUUAAUUGUUGAAAAAAAUGCACAAAUAAUCACAUAUGAUAAUGAAGAUUUUGAAAGAGCUAUGGAUAAUUUUCAGAAUGUAACGAGAACAAUGUAUUAUAAACAUGAUUUGGAUACUGUGAAAACUGAAGGACUUGAUCAUUGUUAUGAUUGUCGAGCAGAAAUAUUUAUUUUACAAAAAUAUCUUAACAAAAUGAAGACGUUUACUGAUGAAAGAGAGUUAAACAAGAAAACAGCUAAAUUAUCUUAUGAUAUAUCAAGGAAUAUUUGUGAAAAAAAUAGACAAUCAAUUAUAAAUGGUGUACGAACAUUAAAUGUUAUUCCAAAAAAGUAA